UGCAAGCGGGCGAGCCGCGGGAUCGUCCCUUCAGGACUGACAGGACUGUGAAGGGGUUAGCUCGGGGACUUACCAUUUCGGCUGCGGUUAUCUUGGUCUCCGUUUACCGCAAAAAUUGUCACUCUGAUGUCGCAACUCGCCUCACAUUCUGUCGACCCCCUUUCGGCAGAAAAUGGACCGACCAUAUUAGACCAUCCAUCUCCAAAGGAGACCGCACAACAUGUACAAGAUACAGAACACUCAGCUGAGGAUUCAGAAGAGGAGGUUUUUAAUUAUAUUCAGCAGAGUGAAGAAGACCACUUGCAAGAGGAAGAGUAUUUCAUAUAUCCUGGCGUGUCAGAAAUAACCAAUGGUUCGGAUGCUGGUGACGUGACGCGCAUAUCAGGGGGUGUCCCUGUCGAAGAUGAUUCGCUGGUCAAUGUGCAACCUGCUGCCACUAAUCCUUCACCAGCACAACUUGAGGCGAUUUAUGCCGCUGCUUCAUCUGGGGAUAUCGAACAACUACGACGCCUCUUCGAUAGCGCUCAGGAAGAACACGGAAUUGAUGGGUUCACUUUAGCAAAUGAGGCAACAUCACGAACAGGCCUUACUCCUUUGCAUGCCGCUUGUAGUCGCGGUCAUCUUGAAGUUGCUCAGUGGCUUAUUGCCGAUCGCGGAGCAAUGGCGGAUCUUGAAGACAAGGAGGGCGAGGCUGCUCUCAACGGACAUAUUGAACUGGUCAAAUAUCUUGUCACUUUGGAAGUUGGCAAGGCCGACGUUCUGGCCCAGGAUGCAGAUGGGUAUACCCCCUUACAUAAUGCGUGCUCUAAAGGGUACCUUGAUGUCGUUCGAUGGCUAUGCGACUCGGGUGGCGCUGCUGACACUUAUGAGAGGGAUGGCAAGUCAGGCCGUGGUGUGGAUAUGAAGAGUAAAGGGGGUUGGACGCCUCUGAGUUGGGUAUUACGCCUACCCAACCGCAUUCUCCGUCUCACCUCUUAGAUUAGUGAACGCUGCCUCGAAGGGUCAUUUACCAGUAGUGCGCCACCUGCUAUCGAAACAGUCUGCCGAUCCUCUCGUUCGAAACAAUUGGGGUGAAACGGCGUUUGACAUUGCUGCUGCAGUGUUCGAGAUUUAUAUCUGCGAGGUUCUUCAGCAGGCUGAACUCGAGAUUUUCCGAAGGGCUGGCUCGGCUACCAAGUACAACCCCUUAGCGAUCCAUGCCACCGUUCCCAUUAUUGUCCAUGAACACCAAAGGCUGGAUACUCGGUUCAAGACUCUCGCCGUCAAUGGCGGGAAACCGCGGUUUUCCGUGUAUCAUCUAGGCAGGGAAGGACGACGAGCCCCAUUCGAACUUGUGCUUUGGCCCGAUGGGGAUGCCUUAAUUGGGCGGGGUCCA